GCGCGGGGUGCGGAGAGGUGCGCCUAACCGGAAGUACCGAGGGAGAGGGCACGGCGCGGCACGUAAUACCGCGACCCGCGUAUGCAUCCAGGGCGGCCGCGGCGUGUCGGUAGUUACGGAGGAGGAACAAAGUGUGCCGCCGAUCCCGAGAGCGGGGAGCCCAAGUGUAGAGGGAUCACGGCGAUCGUCGUCGCCCGCACACACGCACGCUCGUACGCACGCACGCACGUACGCAUGCACGCAUGAAGGUCCCAUGGCUACCGGAUUGGUAAAGUGGUGGCGAGCAAGGUUCCUCGCUGGCUACAGACCCUUUUCUGUCGUAGGGACCAAUACGGAGGGUAGCGAUUCCGAGGAAUUGCUCACGGGCGUCCCGACGGCCUGCAACGUUUCGUCACCACCGACGACGGAGUCGCAACCGAUUUUAAUUUCUCCCGUGGAGUCGCCGCAGGUUGCGCCCGAUAGUACGAGCGUACCUGCAGGACCUACCGCUAACGAUGAACAGCCUACUUGCGGUACAACGAAACAGCUUAGUUUCGAGGAAUUCGAGUGCGACGUGUCGGUCGCGGAUGGUGACAGGAGGCGGCAGGAGUUCUCCUUCACUCUGUACGACUUCGACGGGCACGGGAAGAUCACCAAGGACGACAUAGCUGGUUUAGUGACCACCAUUUACGACACGCUAGGCGCCUCGAUCCAAGUACCGCCGUGCGGCAGUAAGACGAUCAAGGUGAAGCUGACGGUGUCGCCGGAUCAGCGGGCCAGCAGCAGCAGCAGCCAGGCGCCGCGCAAUGCCGCCGGCACCUGCCUAAAUGCCACGCAAACGCCACAGGCCGCUACGCUGCCCGGUCACCAGCCCAACCCGUCGUCCUGCUGCCAUUUGAAGCACGCCGCCCCGUGCAGCCACGCAACAGCGACGGCCACCGCUACCGCUCGGCAUGGCGCGAGCAGAGUUCCUAGAAGGAGAAGAGUAACGCGGUAUCGUUGUCAGACCGAGCGAAAAGAAGUGGAGACCCACAGCGAGGACGACGAUGAGAAUGCCCGAACGAAUCGAGUGCAGCAGGAGGAGCUUCGUAGGAGAGUCGGUCCGGUGCCCCAUUUACCAUCUCCCUAUUCAAAUAGCUCGGAGGGUGAUGUGAGCGAUGAUAGUGACACUUCCCCCGCGUUCUCGCCAUUAACGCCGCUUCUUACGACGAAUCAGAGGAAACGCAGCGGCGCCCUACAAAGGCAACAAUUGCUCGAGAUUAUUCAGGCCAACAUGGAAAAAAAUAAUCUCAGUUUUCACACAUCACGGAAACGGCACCAAAACGAACAAUCGCGCAUUCCAUCUCAUAGUCCCCACGUAGAAAACCCGAAUCAUAAUAAUCAGGAUUGUCACACAUCUCUGGAGCCUCGUCAAACGGCCGCGAACUAUCACAAACCAAUCCGGGAGAGUACUCAUCAUUCCGUGUCGUUUCCCAAAACGCCGGUCAAAUCGCGGUCGGCGAAUCUCAGAAAAACGCGGCACGCGACACCGAGAAACAACGCGACGCAUUCCUCUCCUCAGACCUACGCGACGUAUUCGCAGAUACUGAAUCGUAAUGUGAUCGCUCCGACAACGGUCUACAACGACACGCCGCAGCACACCCCUAGCAGCGGCAAUACUCACCGCAACAUCGUCAACCUCGUGCCCAACAAUAACCAGCAAACGGCUAAUCAUCAGACGAUUACCAACAAUCACAACAACUUGCAGCGCAACGACGCGCAAUUUGUGAAUACGCAACAAUGCGGCAGAGCGAGCAAGAAGCAUCAGCUGAAGCACGCCACGCGGGAGCAGGAUCAAGCCCGAGCAAUGGCGCAAGUCGUGCGUUGGCUCGAACGUGAAUUCUCGCAGAACGCGGUGGCGGCCACGUCCAGCCGAAGGCACGUCCACGAGCACAUACAUCAUCACUAUCAUCACUAUCACGCCGAGGCCCUGGUUUAAUCGGCAACCGCCGAAAGAAGUAAAUUCGAGUUUCAAGUUUUUUUUUCAACUUGAAACUCGUCACGAUACGAUCAAGUAAAUUUUAGAAAGAAAUUCUCGAGGCGUAAUUAGUAUCUAUUGUUAUUUAGAAAAAUGGCUUAAUAUUUUACGUCGCGAAUGGUUUUUUUAAAUUGUACUAUAAGGAUUCGAUAUGGCGCGUUUUAUUUCCGAGCUCUCCUAUAUACAUAUCGUAUCGAUUAUUUUAGGAAAUCGUGUACUAUGAAUUGUUCAUUGAAUCUCCAUUUUGUCUUCGUGAAGGCAAACCAAUUCAUACAUAAUUACAUCGUUUGAAUAUAUCUAUUUUUAAUACGAACACAAAUAAUGACGCUGUAUCAUGUAUUUUUCAUGUAAGCGACUGAGUUUUUCCUCGAGUAUCGACAAACGUACAGAUGUUUGCGGCGCUCAUUAAUAUAAUUUUUUUGGUAUGAAUUUAUAAGCAUCGGGAUUAAGGCAAAACGCGAUUGUUUUCACAUCGCAAGUAAAAAAUGGCACUGCGAUUUGCUCAAAGAAACUUUUGUGGAAGACAUGCGCGCUCGAUGUAAAUUACAUGUGUUAUUUGCGCAGGUUUUCUUGAGCAAAGAGGUAUAGUUACUAUAAAUCUCAGGCUUACGAUAUACAUAAUACAUAUACCUACAUGUCACCCUACGACAAUGACGAAACGUCACCCGAUUAGGAUCGCAGUUUAGUAUAAUAAAAUAUGUAUACUAUAUUCGCGAUAUUCUCCAGACGUGAGAAGCGAUACACGGGCUAUCGUGCGCUAUGAGGCAAAAUUACAGUUUUAGACGAAAGGAAGAAGAAUGCAGUCGCUCUUUCUUAUUCAAGCGCGAUAAAACUACGACGGCUACCCAUCGCGUUGUACAUAGAAAUAUCCCAAAGAGCAUCUUUUCAGUAUACAAGCGUUAUAAUUAAGGGAAACGAUCUAGAGUCGUAACAAGUUCGAAACGUAAAGACUUCACUACGAAUGUUCCUGUAUAAUCGAAGAGUUGUUAUAAUUCUCUUUAUCGAACGUAGUAUUCUAGAAAAUCUCAAACGCGCAAUUUCGAUAAAUAAACGCUUGAAUCUCUCAUAUACAGGGCGUUUCACUUCUAUCGGGUCUAGAUUUCACUAAUGAACAUUUCUCUCGGCCACUCCAGACGAAGUUCUUUCCGGCGGAAAUAUCGGAGCAUUGAUGAAUGAAGAGCGAUUUAAAAAAAGUUUAAUUAAGUUUUAGAAGAAAUUACGUCUUAAGAGAAGAGAUAAGUAACAAGCGUUAUUCUGCAACUAAUCUCUCGUUCGCGAAUAAACCUUGAUAGAAUUUUAACUUCAAGGCUCAGUUCGAAAGAUAUAUGAUGUUAAAAAUUGAAAGAUUGUAUGAUUAGGGACGAUAAAGGGUAACAUUUCCGCUAUGAAAUCUGCCAUUGAAGAACGAUGCCUUAGCGGUGGUACCCCCUGUAUAUCUUGCUAGUCCUACAUUACGACAAAUAAAGCUCUUUCAUUAUCCGCGAAGUACAAUGGAUACUUGGAAAGAGAGUGACAAUUGAGUUCUUACUAGUGCCUUGUAAUUUAGAACUCGUUUUGUACUCGCGAAUAUUGGUCCCUUUUUUAUUUUUGCAAAAACCUCUUCUUUUUCUUCUACUCGUCGCACGAUCGAAGACUGUGCCCGGAUCUGGGCAAUCGGUAUUUUUCGGACUGGUCGUUUUCGUCGUUACACCUCGCCGCCAGGAAUUUUGAUCGUUGAAUCGCAUGCUAUUUAUUUACUAACGCGCGAAGGGAUACGCGCGUGAACGGAACUAUGAAAAAUCGACAAUACUUCUCAAUCGGGUGUCGCAAUGAAGAGUAUUACGAUUACCUUUAGUGAUAGCGAUCAAUAUUACUAUUAAGGCUAAUCUUAAGACUAGAUAGUUGACAUUGACAGAUGUAAGGGUCCUAGAUAAUUACGUUGCGGGACAUGUAAUUUUAUAUAUCGACAUUUUGUAAUCCCCUGUAGAUAUUUUCUGUAACUUUUUUUUCUAUUGAUAUUUAUUAAAACACGUUUUUUAUACUA